AUGGUCUCCAGCUCACCAGCUGUGGAGGGGCCAUGCGGCUCGUGCAAGUCGGGAGAGCUGACGUAUGUGACCGGGACGGUUUUGCCUCAAGUCCAGGCCAACAUUGCGUUUGUGUUGCUGGCCCUGGGAUCCCUGAUUUUCUUCCUCCUAUGGCGCCUGUUCCGGCGCUGCUGCAUGUGCUGCUGCAUGCGCCAGUCGUGCGAGGAGCAGCGCAACCAGGCAGACCCGGCCAAGAUUUUGAGCGGAUGGCGCUACUGGCUCCAAAAGAUCGUCCUGCUGGUCUUCGCCGUGGCUGCCCUGGCCAUGCUGUUGGCAGCGGAUGGCAUCAUCUUAGCCCCCAAGGAGCUGUUUGGCAAGGUGUGGCGGCCGGUGAAUCGCUUGAACGGCCACCUCAACAACACCGCUGCGGACAUGGACGUCCUGAUAUCAGGUCUGGACAGUGUGUACUCCAUCAUGGACAACCUCACCUCCAUUGUCAACAACGACGUCAGGCUGAGCUACAUCAGGAGCAACCUGCAGGCCAUUGGUGUAACGCUGGAUUCGAGUAACGCCGACCCUAACACCCUGGUCACCGCGCUUAGCGAUGUCGACACAAGCGUAACCUCGGUUCGAACCCAGGCGGGGCUACCCGGGCUGUCCACCGUCGUCUCUGUCUGCAACAACUACUCGACACGGCUGGACAACCUUAACACAGAGCUUGCCAGCCUUAAUGCCGCGACUGGCCCGACCUACGGCACGGCUAGCUUGACGAGCGCCAUGGACGCCGUGGAGGUGGACAACUUUCGGUCGGCGCUGGGCGCCAUGUUGGGCAGUUUGGACGCGUGGAUCAGCUUGCAGACCGGCAGCACGCUGAGUAACCUGGCGACGUCCAUAACGACCCUUAGCAACACCAUUGACACGCUCAAGGGCACGCAGAUGUUGGUCCGCUUGUCUCGUCUAAACAUCUUUCUGUCUCGCAUGGCUUUUCCUUUGGAUCCCCUCGACCCGGCCCUGCUGGACCACAUCGCCUACGUCCAGGCCAACGUGGCCAAGCUGGACGACGCCAGUAAUGCCGUGGUGCAGAAGCUGACCAAUGUAUACGGCAGUAUCGCCAACUUGACGGCGCUGACCCCGCCGCCAACCGGCCUGGCCAGCAGUUUGACUGCUCUGGUUGGGCAGCUGUCGCUGGGCCCUGCUACAACGCUGGUCAACGACCUCAACAACGCGCAGACUGCCAUUGACGCCGUCCCGUUGGCCACAUUGAACGAUGCGCGAACCACUCUGGGGAAUCUGAAAUCCUCCCUGGACAGUCUUUCCCCCAAGCACGCGGCCACCAACUCGGCCAUCGCCACCUACACGAACAGCGCCACUCAGGCCAACUUCGACGCCAUGAAGGCCUCCGCGGUGGCGGCUGGCAACACCUGGGACCUCAGCAAGACCGCCAAGUCCUCUUAUCCCCGGGGACAUGCUCCUUCGCGUCUAGGGCCAGGCGGGCAAACGGAUGCCGACACCGCCGCCAGCAGCACCUCCGUUGCCGCCGUACAGACCGCCGCUAGCACCGGCAACCUGGAUUCAGCCGCCAGCAACGUCAAGACCGGCGCAACGUCCGUGGACUCUGCAGCCGCCAGCACCGACGGCGCUAUCGCCAGCCUGCCCGCCAUGGGGCCUUACUCACGUCUUACUGCGUCCGUCAAGUCUGUUUACGACAGCAUGCCCAACCCCAAGUCUAAGGAGCUGAAUGCUAUCAGCAGCACCCUGAACACGGUGGAGAACCUGCUGGUGUCCGUGCCCGCCAACGUGAAGUCGCAGACGUCAUCUAUUCAGAGCUCCUUUGGAGACGGUGUUGACAAGCUGCGGAAACAGGUGAUAAAAAAGGUGGGCGACUUUGAGCACGACAACGAAGGCAAAGUCGACGACCUCGACCUGGCCCGCUACCGCGCCGCAUGCGCCGUUCUGGGUGUCGCGGCCUUCGUGGUGGUGGUGCUGAUUGUAGUGGUCAUCAUCAACUGCCCUUGGGGCAUCGGCUGCGCCAUCUUUUUCCUGCUCUUGCUCGCGGCGCUGCUGUUCCUUCUGGCUGUGGUGUUCGCACUGGUGCUGGUGGUGGCACAGGACGGCUGCCACCACACGGAGCACGUGGUGAUAGAGGCGCUGGGGGCCAAGAGCACAGUCAGGCCCCUGGCGGACUACUACUUCUUCGGAAGCAACAGCACCAGCAUCAAGGCCGUGCUCAAGAACGCUACACUGGUGGAUAUUGACAAGGUGGAGCAGAAGGUUGUGGACCUGGCUGACGGCAUGAUCAACGACUUCACCGCCAAGUUCACACCGCAGCGCAAGCUAUCCAUCGUCAUUACGGACGUCAGGACCUUCAUCAACACCACCCUGGACCGGGCAAGUGACCCUGCCUUGACACGGGGCCGAUGGGUACAGGACAGGGGGGGACAGAAAUACAUUGACGCGCUCCUGGAGAAGGCGAGUGUGGCCGAGGUCCGACCCUUGUACAUAGGCCUCAAGUCCUACCCCUGCUGUGACAUUACCGACUACAGCUUCAAGAUGUGGGUCGUGCUCACCUUUGGCGGCUGGCUGAUGUUCAUAUCGGCCUCCAUGUCCAUGGGCUUCCUGGGCCGGUUGGACCAGCUGCCGCAGAGCGGCUGCUGCGGAUGCAAGCCGCUCGUCGGCAAGGGCUUGAAAAGCAAGGUCCACCCCGAGACGGAGGGAGAUGAGGAAGGGGCCACGAAGGCAGUCAUGGUGGCUCCGGCACGCGACGCCUUACGCAAGCCGGCAAGUGCCAACUGCCUGGGCGGCUUCGCCACCUUCCUACUACUAGGGCAGGGCGACGCCAUGCCGCCUCGAGGUCUCAAAGCCUCGGCCGGGUGA